ACAACCCUGUGAGGGAAAAGUGUGAACCUGCACUGGGCCGUCGAGGGGGAGACUGGUGUGGAGGCUCAGCAGCUGCUCUUCUGAAGAGGAAGAGGAGGAGGGUUGGGGGUCUUCACACUCCUGACCAGGGGGUCUGAAACUGAAGAGGAAAACGCAAGGGGCUGCUGGUCUAUGAAGCAGAAAACAACUUCUUCACUGGAGUGAGAAGCUGUGUCUGUGAAGAAAGAGGAAAGGGAAUGAAGACAGAAGGCCGAGCAGGUGGCAGAAGAGCCUCACAAUAAAGCUUCCUCUCUGAGCGGCCAUCAUCUCUGCUGCUGAGCCGUGAGGUGGACCCAUUUGCUUCCCUUCGGGCCCCAGGCUGCCUCUCCUGCCCACAGCCUGCACCGCCAUGAGCGAGGAACUGCUGAGCUCUCUGGAUCCUUACGAGUCACUGGAUGAUUACUCUGAGUCCAACAGCACGAGUGCCAGCGGUUAUCCAAGUGACUACCUGCCGCCCUCCCCGUGCUCGCUGAGGGGCGUCAGGCAGUUCUCCCGCGUGUUCGUGCCCGUGGCCUACUCGCUGGUGUGCGCCUUCGGCCUCCUGGGCAAUGUGCUGGUGGUGCUCACCUUCGCCUUUUACAAGAAGGCCAAGUCCAUGACGGACAUCUACCUCCUGAACAUGGCCAUCGCGGAUGCCCUCUUCGUCCUCACGCUUCCCUUCUGGGCAGUCAGCCACGCCGCCGGCGCGUGGGUUUUCAGCAACGCGCUGUGCAAACUGCUGAAGGGGAUCUACGCUGUCAACUUCCACUGCGGCAUGCUGCUGCUGGCCUGCGUCAGCCUGGACCGCUACGUGGCCAUCGUGCAGGCCACCAGCUCCUUCCGCCUCCGGGCCUGGACCCUGACGCACAGCCGGAGAAUCUGCUCCAUGGUGUGGGCGCUGUCCCUCCUCAUCUCCACCUCGACCUUCGCCCUCAACCGGAAGUACAAGAUCCAGGGCCAGCAGGUGUGCGAGGCCAAGUACCCGUCCUUCUCGGAGCCCGUCACGUGGAAGCUGCUGGGGCUGGGGCUCGAGCUGCUCUUCGGCUUCUUCGUCCCCUUCGUGUCCAUGCUGUUCUGCUACGCGCUCAUCGUCAGGACCUUGCUGCAGGCUCAGAACGCAAAGCGGCACCGCGCCAUCCGCGUGGUCAUAGCCGUGGUGCUGGUGUUCCUCGUGUGCCAGAUUCCUCACAACGCCGUCCUGCUGGUGACCGCCGCCCACCUGGGCAGCAUGGACAAAGUGUGCCACAGCGAGAAGCUCCUGGGCUACGUCAGGACCGUCACCGAGGUCCUGGCCUUCCUCCACUGCUGCCUCAACCCCGUGCUCUACGCCUUCGUCGGCCAGAGGUUUCGGAGCUACUUCCUGAAGAUCAUGAAGGACGCGUGGUGUGUGCGGAGGAGGGCCGCAUCGCGCCUCUCCUGCGCCCGCAUCCACUCGGAGAGCUGCGCCUCCAGGCAGACCAGCGAGGCCGUGGACGACAACGCCUCAUCCUUUACUAUGUGAGCCCGGAGAGUCACGCGGUGCCCUGCAGCACCUUUACUGUGUGAGCCCGGAGAGUCACGCGGUGCCCUGCAGCACCUUUACUGUGUGAGCCCGGAGAGUCACGCGGUGCCCUGCAGCACCUAUGGGAC